AUGUUUGUUUAAUUGAACUAAAAUUGAACUAAAAAAAAAAAAGAAUAUUAGCCUUAUGAAAGAUGAGAGGUGAGACAAAAUGUCAGUGUGGGAAGAGACAGUAAUUACAGUAGAGAAUAUCAGAAUUGGGAAGGCUCUCGUGACACAAUAUUAGAAGUGAAAGAGACCUGAAAUAGAGAAUAACUGUCAGACUUAGAAAGGACUGAGCAAAUAGAAAGUUAGAAUUUGAAUGUUAAGCACUAGGUCUAGAAGGGACUUUAGAAUACAGUCAGUCAUAGAAUCAUUAUUUUAAGAUAUUCUCACUGCCACUGUCCCACUAGGGAGAUUAGAAUUUGGCUGGAAAGUUCUCUUAGGCUAUCUACUGGCUGGUUACAGGGAGUUCUGGCCUGAUGCUCUCUGGGACUUUCUUAGCCCAACUCCUGCUCAGGGGAAAUGAUUCUGCUGAAGCAAGGAGGAGCUCUGGUAGAGGUUCUCAGAUGGUAUGACGAGGUUCCAAAAGUCUAUGACAAAUUUCUUUUUUUUUUUUUUUCCUCAGAAGGAAGCCUGGACUUUUUUUCUUUUUUUAACCAUUACAAUUCAAUGUCCAGGGGACUUUUCCACCCAGCAGGGUAAUUUCUUACUCAUACUCAUUCAGACUCCCCUCUCCACAUGACAUUUCACCCUUGGCUAGGACUCAUCAAGUGGCUGAAUUUCACCAGCAUUUCACCUCACAAGAGAGAAGGUGACAGGAAUCAUUUCUCCUCCAAGCACCUGCUUUCCUGCUCCCUGGAACCAGUGGGAAUCAGAGGAUCUGUCUUCAUUUUCUAAGAGCUCCUCAGAUGGCAGAGAAUCCUACUGAUACUGUCCUUGUGGGCCCCCGCCUCACCCCUGAUGAAAAUGAAUUUCCCUUUGGAUACCCUACCAGUAUCUGCCAGAGCACCCCUGAGCCAAAGUACUUAUGCUGUGGUUGUCACAAUGUUCUGAAGAAGGCCCAGCAGACCCUAUGUGGUCACCGCUACUGUUCUGCCUGCCUCUCCUGGAUAGUGAGGAUCAGCAAGAACCCUAUCUGUUCAAGAUGCAAAGAGGAGAAUCCUCAGACUGUGGGUGAUGAAAGUUUCUUAUCCGAGGAAAAGGCUUUCAUUGACGCUGCCAUUAAUAAGGAGAUCUCUGAGCUUAGUGUGCAUUGUGUGAUUUCUGGGUGUGGCUGGACUGGUCUCAUGAAGAAUUUCGAGACACAUGAAUGUGGAGGAAUCUCUUUGAAGGACCACAAGCAGACUGUGACCAAGAUCAGCACAGAAGAGAAGGAUGGCUUGGUGCCAAUUGAGGUCCAGGGAAUGUGCUCCUUUGCAGACAUUGGCUGUUCCUUCAAGGGUAGCCAGGAAAUGGUGAAGGAGCAUGAGGUUUCCUCACUCCCAGAGCACCUGAGGCUGCUGUUAGAGCUUGUGAGUCAAGUGAAGGCCCACAACAGAGAGAAAAGGGGCUCAGGUUUCAGCCACGCCAAGCCAAGUGGGAAGCCCCUGGAGAGAAACCUGUCGGACCUACAGCUCCAAGGAGCCGUGGAGGUCAACGGUGACUUGGAGGCCGACUGCUUCCGGGCUGCCUCCUCUGACUCUGAGGAGGAGCUGGCCCUGCAGAGGUUCAUGAAGGAGAAGCUGCUGGCUGAGCUGCAAGAGAAGCUGCUCGUGUUUGAGAACAUUGUGACUGUCCUGAACAAGGAGGUGGAGGCCUCCCACCUGGUCAUCGCUGCCUCCGUGCACCAGAGUGGGCUGACCCAGGACCUGAUCCUGAGCUUGGAGCAGCGGGUCAUAGACUUGCAACAGACCCUGGCCCAGAAAGAUUUAGCGCUGACCAAAUUGGAGCAGAGCCUCCAUCUGCUGGAGGAGGCUUCCUAUGAUGGCGUCUACCUAUGGAAAAUCACCAACUUCACCAGGAGAUGUCAUGAGUCUGCAUGUGGAAGGAUGAUCAGUCUGUUCUCACCAGCUUUUUAUACUGCUCGCUAUGGCUAUAAAUUAUGCCUUCGGAUCUACUUCAAUGGAGAUGGGACGGGAAAAGGGACACAUCUUUCACUCUUUAUUGUGGUCAUGAAAGGGGAAUAUGAUGCUCUCCUGGAGUGGCCUUUCCGAAAUAAGGUCACGUUCAUGCUGCUGGACCAGAACAACAGAGAGCAUGUUAUCGAUUCCUUUCACCCAGACCUGACCUCAGGCUCCUUCCAGAGGCCUCAAGGGGAAAGCAACAUAGCCAGUGGCCGCCCUAUGUUCUUCCCGCUGAACAAGCUGCAGUCCCCCAAACACGCCUAUGUGAAAGAUGACACGGUUUUCCUCAAGUGUGUCAUAGAAACGAACUCAUGAAGCUGGGAGACGGAGGCCCAGACCUCGGGGGAACACUAGGAGAAGGAGACCCUUAGUCAGAAGCCUUCCCUGGAGGAAAGAAGCUUAGAGGCCGGCGGUCCUGCUCGGAUCUCUUCUUCGGUGUUCCAGAGGCGACCAUCGAGGCUCUGCUCGAACACUUCCAGUGACGGAGAACUCACUACCUCUAAUGACUCAGCCUCUCCAUCGCUGGAGAGCUCUCUUAGUAGAACCUUCUUCCUUAAACCGCCUUCCCAGGGACUUCCAAGCAUUGCUCUUAGUUCUGUCUUCUUGAGCCGCACAGAACAAGUUUACUACAAUGCAAAAAGUCCAAAAACCUGAGUUCAAGCCCUUGUUACAUUACCCACCACCUGUGUUAUCAUGGCAGAAAUGAGGGAACUUCUGAACCUCAAUUUGCUCACUUCAGAAAUUUCACAGUUCUGCCCCCCCAAAAGAACUGUUUGGGGUCCAAUGACCUAGCUCCUGUCCACGGGAUUGUUGGGGUAGAAAUAUCAUCCCCUCCCCAAGUUCACAGUCUGUGUGUGCUCUUUGAAGCAAUCAGCUAUUACUUUAUGCCAGCUCAAUGCACUUUGGUAGUUUCUGUCCCUUGUCUGGUGGCCUGCUUGACAGAAGAGAGACAGAGACAGAGACAGAGAGAGAUAGAAGAGACAGACAGAGAGAGACACAUACAGAGAAAGAGAGAUAAAGAGACAGAGACAGAGAGACACACAGAGAAAGAGAGAUAAAGAGACAGAGACACAAAGAGACACACAGAAAAAGAGAGAUAAAGAGACAGAGAGAGAACACAUUUAUUAAGUGCUUACUGGAGAGAAUGACCAGAGAGUGAGUUAGGGUAAGAGUCCUUCCAGUCCAAGGAAACAAUAGGGUAAUGAAAAUAGCAUUUCUCAGAAGAUAAGCAAACCUCAAUUCUAGUAUCUACUUUGUCAAUAACAGAAUUAUUAUGAAGAAAAUGCUUUGUCAAUCCUAAAGUGCUAGGGAAAUGUGAGUUUUAAUUACAACAAGGUCCUAACUGAUUCAAAUAAUGAAUGCUGUGAAGUGAUCUCAUCAUUUGAAGUGCACAUUUCCAUUGGCCUGGAAUCAAUGACCACAUUCUAAUUUUGAAAAUUGAAUAUAUGCAACCACUUCAUGGGAUUUGUUAUUUACACUAAUGGGACCUAGCUGUACGUAUAACAGAUAAUCCAUUGAUAUAGAUGGUGGCUCACACAUCAUGGAGUCUGGGAAUUCUAUAAGGAUCCCCUAUCUAGAAGACUAUGAUAAAGGACAAUUGGAAAGAGGAUAAGAAAGAAUGUAGAAAAGGAAAAGGAAAACUGAAAGGGAUGGAAUAGAGUAAACCCAAGGCAAAAUUGUUCAUGAAAGUAAAAAAAAAAAAAUAGAGGGACCAUUUGAGGAAAAACAAAAUCCAUCAGAAAUCAUCAGAACUCAUUUAACCAAGGUAGAACUGCAAGCUGGGAACAAGUUAGGAAACAUUUCUGAUAGGGUAAUUAUAACCCAUUGUGAUAAUAAUGGUUUCCAAAAGCAUGUGAUAACACAUAUAAAAUAUUUUGCAAACCUUGGAACACUAUAUAAAGUUAACUAUUUUUAUUAUUAUCAUUUUGUUUGUUCCUCAUGAAACCUCUUGGAGGGAAGCUGGUCAGAGAAGCAUCUUAAAUGAUUAUCCUUAUUUUAUAGAAGGGAAGCAGACUCAGAGAAGUGGAGGGACAUGCCUAGUGUCGUGCAUAUCUGGUCAUUAUCAGAGCUGGAACUUGAACACAGUCCUAUUUUUUGCCUUUAAGUCCAAGGAUCUUUCCAUUACAAUAUGAGUAGAUACUUAGCAAAAAUAGCCUAGUAGCAAGACCAUCCCUAAAAGCCAAAUCAUACCUUGUGUACCACCAAUCUUCCCCCAACAAGUGUGUCCAGUGAAAUCAGGUUAUAGUGCAUCCUCAGAAUAUUCCUGAAACAGUCAUCAAAGCAAAACCUAAGGAGAGCAUCUAGACAGAGGCUAGAAAAGUUAUUUAUUUUGAAGCUGAUCAGAUUUUAGUUGGAAGCACCCGUAUACCUCUAUUAUUAACCCCCUUCCUGCUUAAAUGAUGUAAGCAGGAAGCAAUGUUAGACAAUCUCUCCUUAUUGAUUAAAGGGGAGUCAAAGAUUGUAUAA